CCCGGUAGCAGCAGGCUGGACCCCUGCCUCCGAAUGAUAGCAGCCACCGCCUUGAUGGUAAAGGACGCUGAUAAACUGUCACUGGGUCAAGAAUUACGAGUGACCACUCCACACGCCAUUGAAAGCGUCCUCAAACAGCCCCCUGACCGAUGGGUGAGCAACACUCGCAUGGUCCACUACCAGGGACUAUUGCUCAAUCCUACGAGGAUAGUCUAUACUUCCCCUCAGGCCCUAAACCCCGCAUCACUACUGCCUGACCCAGACCUGGAUGCUCCCCUCCGUGACUGUAUUGACAUCUUAGCCCAGGUCCAUGGGCUACGGGAAGACCUUCAGGACUAUCCCCUAACAGACGCUGAAGUCGUUUGGUUCACUGACGGCAGCAGUUUCGUCCGCGAAGGACAAAGGUAUGCGGGGGCCGCAGUCACCUCAGAGACGGAAAUUAUCUGGGCUGCUGCAUUGCCUCCGGGCACCUCAGCGCAAAAAGCCGAGCUAAUCGCCCUGACACAGGCCCUCAAAUUAGGGCAGGGCCUCCGGGUGACUGUAUAUACAGACAGCCGAUAUGCCUUCGCCACGGCCCACCCUGUAGCAAAGUCCCGACGCUACCAAUACAACUACCCAACCCGGGACCCCGAGAACUGCCACCUCAUCCGGAAUACUCCGGAAAAGACAUCGCAUGGAUGA